UGAUCUGAUUAACCUGUAGGGGAAGCACCCGAAUGGCAGCUGAUGUGACUGCGUGAACGUUUGGGAGCCAUUUAACCAAAACAGCUGCAUGUGAAAAGCGAUGCUAUGGUGAGGCGUGGCAGCGAUGACGGAUGUUGAGGCGACGUACGAGGACUUCGUCGCGUCUCGACGGUCUGGUCGCAGGAACGCCGUCCAUGACCUUCCAGGAAGCGCAGGAGCGCCGGACGUGUCGGAGAGCCUGGCUCAGCUCAGUAUCAACAAAUCUGACGACGCAGAGAAAAGCCAGGACUCUCCAGAGAAAGAAAAAGAGGCUCAAGCUGAAGACGCCUAAUCAUCACAUGUGGACUGUGGUCGAUCCCUGAACACCGGAGCCUUCGACUCCUCCACAGAGCAGUCUCCCUGUAGUUGUAUCCACGGAUCCCUGACCUUGUGCUUUCCUGUUGCUUCGUUUGUGGCUGUUGUUUUAGGACGGUACGUAAUGAAGUUACUGCUUCAACCAGUCCUGUUUUGGGAUUAAAUGUGGAGCAACAAACAGGAGGAAAGAUGGGAAAGAACUACCGGUACUUGAGUUGUUGUUUUUUUUGAGGCAAUCUAAUUAUACUUGUCCUCCCUCUCACCCCCUGCUGCCAGAGUCAGCUAAACUCUAACAGCUAAAACUCU